ACGCGGGCGGGAGGCGGCGGCGGCGGCGGCGGGGUCGGCGAUGGCUUUCGAGGCGCUGGCGGAGGCGGCGGAGCGGUGGUGCGCCCGCACGCCCUUCCAGCUCAUCGCCGCCGAGGAAACGGAGCGGCGCAUGGACUUCUACGCCGAGCCCGGCGUCUCCUUCUACGUGCUGUGCCCGGAGGCCGCCUGCGGGGACAAUUUCCACGUGUGGAGCGAAAGUGAAGACUGCUUACCUUUUCUGCAGCUCGCACAGGAUUACAUCUCCUCCUGUGGGAAAAAGACACUCCAUGAAAUAUUGGAAAAAGUCUUCAAAUCCUUCAGACCUUUACUUGGGCUUCCAGAUGUUGAUGAUGAUGCAUUUGAAGAAUAUAACGCAGAUGUGGAAGAAGAGGAACCAGAAGCUGAUCACCAACAGAUGGGUGUCAGUCAGCAGUGAUUUUCUGAGAAGCUAAAAUAAUUCGGAAGCCUUUGGUACCAGGUGGGGUCAGGUGGUCCCACGUUAGCCUGUUCGAAUUAGCACAUCACAAGGGGAUAUCUGGCUGCCAAGAUAAAAGUUUCGCAAAAAAUGGUUUUAAAAAAAAAAAAAAUAAUAAUAAUAAUUUGUGAUGAGCUUUGCUAAGAAGUGACCUGAAUUUUGCUCCUGCUUCAGUGGGUUUUCUAUGGAGUUGUCUUGGUAGCAUUCUGCCGCUAUCAGUCUAGAAGUAGUUUUGUUGCUGACUUGUCUCUUCGAUUUGUGCUCGAGAGUAGCAUUCGCUGACGUGAAUGUAGAGUACCGAGAAUGUAGGAAACGUGUGGUGAGAGUGCCGAGUCCUCACCGGUGACCUUCCCAAGGAAACCAGCGCAGAGAGCAAACACCACACAACCUGCGCUCUUCUAUUUAGUUCAACAGCUAUAGUUUUUGAAAAAGUACCAAACUUGGAGAAACUUCUCCUUAAAAACGGUAGUUUAAUAGUGGUUGGUGCUGCAGAAGUGCAUGUGAAGGCUUAACAAAAAUAAUGGGAAGUGGGAAAUCCAGGGGGUGUCAGACAUAUUAAUGUUGUUUUACUGACACCUGAGUUUACAAGUGCUGAAUUAAUAACUGGGAGUAAUGUGUAGCAGCAGCACACAUUAUUGCCAGCCCUGGUACUCAAAACACCGUGUGAUCCAAAGGCAAGUGCUGCUUUCUUACAAAUGAAGUAAAAAAUAGCCAUUGCCUAUCUCACUUCUGCAUGACAACCAACUUUAAGCUUCGCUGGUUUUGAUACACUGCCAAAUUAUUACUCAAACCUCGUGGCAUCGUGAAUUAGAAUCAUAGAAUAUACUGAGUUUGAAGAGACCCAUAAGGAUCAUCAAGUCCAACUCCUGGCCCUGCACAGAAGACCCCAACAAUCACACCGUGUGCCUGAGAGUUUUGUCCAAAUGCUUCUUGAGCUCAGGCAGGCUUGGUGCUGUAACCACUUCCAUUGGGAGCCUGUUCUAGUGCUCAACUACCCUCUGAGUGAAAAACUUUUUCCAGAUAUCUAACCUAAAGCUCCCCCAACUCAGCUUCCUGCCAUUUCCUUGAGUCCUGUCACUGGUCACAUGAGUGAAGAGAUCAGUACCCACCCCUCUGCUUCCCCUCAUGAGGAUGUUGAAGACCACAGUGAGGUUUCCCCUCAGUCUCCUCCAGGCUGAACAAACCAAGUGACCUCAGCUGCCCCUCAUACGGCUUUGCCUCCAGACCCUGCACCAUCCUCGUGGUCCUCCUUUGGAUGCUCCCUAAUAGCCUAAUGGCUUUCUUAUAUUGUGGUACCCAAAACUGCACAAAAUAUUCAAGGUGAGGCCGCACCAGUGCAGAGCAGAGUGAGACAAUCCCCUCCCUGGACCUGCCUAAUGCCCCCUAGGACAUGGUUGGCCCUCCUGGCUGCCAGGGCACUGCUGACUCAUAUUCAGCUUGUCAUUGACCAGGAUCCCCAGCUACCUUUCCAUAGUACUGCUCUCCAGCCUCUCCUUCCCUAGUCUAUACACACAACCAGGAUUGCCCUGUCCUAGGUGCAGAAUCCAGCACUUGCCCUUGUUAAACUUCAUCAAGUUGGUGAGAGAUUGCCCAUCUCCCUAAUUUGUCGCGGUCUCUCUGCAGGGCCUCUGUGCCCUGGAGGGAGUCACUAAAUUGCUCCUCCCAAUUUAGUGUUUUGGCAAACCUACUUAGUAUUCCUUUGAGUCCUGCAUCCAUGUUGUUAAUGAAGAUGCUGAAGAGAACUGGGCUGAGAACGGAGCCCUGUGGAACUCCUCUAGUGACUGGAUGCCAGCCCAGUGUUACCCCAUUCAGUAUAACUCCUCUGCCCAACCUGUGAGCCAGUUGCUCACUUAACACAGUUAUCCAGCUUGGUCCUGGACGUUUUGUCCAGAAGGAUACUGAGAGAGUAUCAAAAACUUUGCUGAAGUCCAAAAAGAUGACAUCUGCUGGCUUUCCUAGAUCAGGUAGGUGAGUUACCCUGUCAUACAAGGAAAUCAGGUUCUACAAGCAGGACUUUCCCCUCAUGAAGCUGAGCUGGCUGUGGCUGAAGAGUGUGUUGUCCUCCAGGUGUUUUUCAGUACCUCUCAGAAUAAUCUUUUCCAAGAUUUUAUUGGGCACCGAAGUGAGACUGACUGGCCUGUUGUUUCCAGGGUCCUUCUUGAGUGCACCUUAAGUGCAACUUGAGUGCAACCUAACAUUGAAGCCAUAGGGAUAUAAACCAGCACUUGGUUCUUAAAAUUAUGCUGGACCUCUUCCUCUCCCUGGGCCUUUCAGCUAGUGUGGUCAUUUACACCUCUUUGAAGGGGAGUUAAAAUACUACUACUUUGACUGAUAUAAAAUCUAGUGAGUUUUAUUUAUCAGGGAACUUGCUCCCCAGAAGGGUUUGGUGAGGGUCUUGGUAUAAAGGAGAGGAAGACCCUCAUGUUUUAUACCUGUUUUGCAUAGAUUAAAGUGACUUGGAUGAGUGCCAGACUGUGAAGAUGCAGGGUCUCUUUAUUUACUUGCCUUUUGUACUGAAAAUUUAAGAAGCAAAGGUAAUUCUGUAAUACAGCUGAAGAAAAAUGUUUCUAAAUUCACUCCUUUUUUCCAAUUUUUUAAAAACCAUUAGACAAAGGUCACACGCUUCAAAAGCCCUUUUAUACAGAAUUAGCUUUAUAAAAACAAAGAGUGAGUGAAGAGAAAAUGCUUGGACAACUCCUAGAAACAGCUCUCAUCAUUUUGAAAACCCUAUUAUUAACAAUGUCUCCUUUUCAAUAGACUUUUUAAAGACUCUUUUUCCAAGGUUACUAAAGAGAGCAAGUUUUCUUGGUGGUUUGAUGAUAGUGGCUUCAGAGAUGCAUAGCACAUGAUUUUUUCAGCUGGAGGCAAAGACCUUCUGUAACUGGGACGAUGUGUGGUACCUGAGUCUGCACAGAAGUGUCUACAACACUGUAAAAGUCAGAGUUUAAGAAUAUAAAAAGAAAAAAAAGUGGAAGAAAACCAGAGCUUAAUGCAACUUUGUACAUUCUUUCAGCAUGCAGCGUAAACAUGGUAGUCGCAGCACAUUUUCUAUGGACUAGUGACGUGAGAACUGUGGCAGUUCAUUGUAUAACACUGUACAGCAGCAAUAGGCUUUUUGCUUACUAAAAUAAAGUGUAAGACCAGUGGUUUCCAUCCCUGCUUUAAGUCCCUAAAUUUUUCUUUCCUCUCCAGCUAGGACAGAUAUUAUAACCUCAAACAAAGCCUUCCUUCAGGAAAACCUUUCUCUUCAUAGCAUCCAGUCCUUGGGUCGUGGCUCAUACAAGUAGGGGCUGACUUUCCUCUGCUCUAGCAUAAUGCAAGCAAGCAGUUUACAGUAGCCCAAGCAGGAGGAAUAGUCCUGCCAUCCAGGUUUGCUGGCCACUUGCACCCUUUUGACUCAGGGGGAGGUGCAGGCGUCCACACACACACCUGCAGAAGCUGUGGCAUGGCUGCAUCGUGAGCUGGGCUGAGGGGUCUGUCUGACUGGCAUAUAACCCUCUGCCUUUUUACAGACAGGUAGUUUUCCAGCUGGAUCAAUCCUGCCAUCUGGCUAAGUGUGUGGCUGCACAGACGAGUGCCAGCACAGCAGAGGGGAGGGUGCAGGGGUGGACCGGGCUAGUAGCUGAAGACCUCCUGCUAAAUGCGCCUUGCACAGUGUUAGGGGCCCACAGUGGAGGUGCAGACCAGCCUAAAUGCUGUGAAGGAUUGACUCCACAAGGCUCGGUGGAGAACUGGGCUCUGGCUGGCAGCAGGAUACAUGGCAAUUCAGGAAAUGAGGAAAGACUGUAGGAUCCAGUGCUUGCAACUGCAUACAGGAGGUUGUAAUAUGUACUGCACUCUGCUACCUUUCCCUGUGUAUUGAUUGAAUUGUUAGUGAGGGGUUGAACAUUAAUAUGGUUGCAAGCAAACAACGCUGUAAAUUAUGUAGAUAUAUUAUUAUUUUCUGUAUUCACUAACUUACUUUUUUUUGGAAUGCCAUAUACCAUUUGGGUGACUUCCACACCAGACUACAAGUGCUGGACAGCUGGGGGCCCUUCUGCAGUGCACAGGCCUGCAAAACUCCCACUGAUGCCAGCAAGAUUUUGUUCAGAUGGGACCUGCAGGACCAGGGGAUGCGUGAGGCUUGGUCCUGCACAGAGCUGAGCGCUCUCGUUCCCUCUCACUUUGCUAGGAGUGGAAUGUGUUGAGCCCUGCUGCUGAACUGAAGCAUGACCAACCAGCACUGAGAAUAAACUGGAAUUUUAUACAUAGAAAAUUUAAUUUACAUGUGUAAUAAAUGUGAAUGAGCAUUAAUAUAGAAUGUAUUUUAUCGAAAAAUAUUGAUUCCUUACUUUGACCAAAUACAUUUCUGUAUUACUGUGUUACUUGUUCCAUGCUUGCCAAACGAUGCAAGAGAUGCAAAACUGGUUUGGUUGUAUUAUGAAGUGGUUUUAUAUUUUAUUUGUAUUUUAUUUUUCCCUCCCUCCCACCACAUAUUGCAGUUAGUAGCCAUUCAAUAAUUAAUCAAGGGUAGCAUGACCCAGUGGCUAGGCUUGCGACUGAGACAAAAGGUUUGCCAACAUAAAUGCUUGCAAACCUGGGAAACGAGUGAAAAGAUUUGGAUUCGUAGCCAUUGCCUCGCCUUGAGCUUCAAGUGGGUCUCGGUGGCUGGGCGUUCAAAGCAGGCCUCUAGAAAAUUUAGAAGGAGCAGGGUAACUCCUUCAAAAGUCCCACCUUAAUCCUUUUGUAAAAGGGACUGUAUUAUUUACCCAGCAGUGUAUACAGUGCUUUAGAUCUGUGGGUGUAAAGAGGCGCACAUGAUCAUUGCCCAUCCUCAAAGCAAACCACUAAUGAAAGGACAUAGAAGUGUGUCCCUUUUCCCUCACCCUUUUCUUGUAGGCAUUUCAUGCUCUAACUGAAUAUAAAUAUACCAGAACAGAGCCUUUUGCAGAACUGGCACUUCUGAAUAUGAGUGGCAUGGAUGCAGUGAGCAGAGUGCGCUUGGGGGAUGAGAAAUACAUGGGAUGCCAGAGGGAAGCACAGAUUUCAGAAAUGUGACAGCUGGUUUGGGUAGCAGGGGCAAGAGUGAGCAAGGCCCCUUCCAGAGAGAUGCUGUGAUUUCUGAGACAGUCCAAACCAUCCUGCCAAAUGUCUGCUUAUUGAACCCAUGCAGUUUAUAAAAAAGCUCCUCAGAGCUUUGGGGCCUUGAGCUCAGUCAUAUUUUUCCAUUAGUGUCCUGCCUGAUGAAAGCAUUCAGGUGAGGGGGGAAGGGAUGGAGAAAAAGCAAACUGAAAAGCCUUCUCCUCUUCCUCAACAUUAUGAUACUGUGUGAGUAUGUAGGAGCAGCAGUCAGGGUGCAGGGUGUUCUGUUAGUGCCCAGUAACAUCUCUUAAAAGGACUUGCUCCAUGCAUAGUGCUGUGCCUUUGAAAGUCUCAUACUUGUAAAGAAUGCCACUUUUUAUGGGAAUAGCCAGAGUUAGUUUUCCUGCACCAGUGACCUGCACACCAGCUGCUGCCUCUUGUUGCCUUGUCCCACAUAAGGUGUGCUGUGUGACAUGGGUCCUGGGGGCAGCUAAGCUACAAGAUAGCUUAGUAGGUCACUGCCCUUUCCCCCUUUACAAGGUGGGACAUGAGGCUGUGACAGUAAAAGUGAUUGCAAUAACGUUGUGGACGUUGUUUUGGAAAGGUGCCAUUCAGGACAUAUUCCCAGCCUCUUUCAUCAUGUUUCCUGAUCUUUCUCUGGGAUCCAGGGCGGACAUCCAUGGCUGUUUUGCUCAACGUCAGGUUUAGCUGUGGCAGGAGGCGAGGUUACCAGUUCAUCCAUCCUUACUCUGUGUCCAUCGUUAGCCUGUGUCCAUACUUCCCUCCUGUUUGUCCUUACCAUUCUGUUCUUUUCAGAAUUUCUCACUUACAGAAGAGAGGAAGUGUAGGAAGGGGGAGAGAAACACCUCUUACCUCCCACAGCUUGCAGCCGGGUGCAUCAGUGAAAGCUCCAGUCCAGCACAGUGUGUGUUACCAAGUCACAUUGUCUUCUCUGCACAGGGGGAUGAGGUGGCAUGGGAGAUGUGUUAUCCCUCAAGGACCCAUGAGUGGUCCAUGCCAGACAGGGGUUAUGCAGAAGACAGCAGUCUUUUAGGUGCCAAACCCAGUAUCUUCACAGGGAGCAAUGUCGAGCCAAAUAAUCUACUCUCUGAAAAUCAUAACCCAUUGAGGCUUUCCAGGCUGGGCACCCAGAAAAUGAGACUUGUCUGGUUGGAGAUCUUUCUCAGUGCUGGCUGGUUUGAUCUGGCCACAGGACAUGGGAAAUAGGGAAGUAUCUCUUAAGGGGCUCUGGCUAGAUGGACCUCUCUGUAAAUUGCUGAGCGGAGCCAAAUGCUUUGUUUGAUCUGUUUAAUUCUGGCAGAACCUCCCCUCCUCCCCAACAGCCUGUUUCUGCAGCCAGCUGCAGCUGGGAAGGCUUUGUGUGAGAGCCAGGCAGGAGUGACUCAGGACAGCAGCUCCUAGACCCUGUAACAGGCUGGGCUUGAGGUGGUUCUUGUAGAGUCACCAGGGAGCUGAAGGCUCAGGGAUAUCACUUCCAAGGCAGAUAUUAACAGAUUCUUUAAAUGUAGUCCUUACCUGUGAUAGGAAAGGCUCUGAGGGCAGACCCUGUCACUUUUGUUUUUAUUAGACUUCUGAGACUUAGUUGCAUUGUUGGUAUCUGAUGUCUGUGUCAGGUGUACAAAGGAAACCUCUUCACUUAACCACAAUCACCUGUUCAGUGGGCCAGAUUAUUAUUUACCUGAUCUAUGUUUUACUUUUUUCUCAGUUCUGAUAAUUUUUUUUUAAAGAAAGAAAAUCCCUAAAGGCACGUCAGCAUUAUUGCAAGUGUGUUCUACAGAGCCACAUAUCACUGCACUGUCAGUACAAGCUUGGACAUAAGAAAAAUACAGAUUAACAAAAAGGGCCUUGAUUUGUCUGCAGGAAAAAAACCCUUCUUUGAACUAGUUAUUUGCUGACUACAGGAAAGCUCACUGGUUUCAUGUAAAAUACAUUGAACUUUGAAAUUCCCUUUCUGUACCAACAUGCUAUUGCUCAUGUAGGCAAAGAUCUGCAGUAAUGCUGCAUGUAAAGGAAGCUUUCAUCUGCGGGGGGAGUGGUGGUGGAAACAAUAGCUCUGGAUUUCAGUGAGUGCAAUUUUUUUGUUGUUGUCAAGUUUUCCUUUACUAAUGUAGGGACCAGUCAGCCUUCAACACGUCAAGCAGAAAUCAUGUUGUGCCACACCAUGCCAAAGAUGUCUUUGGUGUGGUUUCCACCAUUUUUUCUGGCUGGAAGAUCUGUCUUUGGAACUACAAAGCUAGGAAGCGGGUCACUGAAAGUUGCCCUUUUGUUCAGUGCUUUCAAAGGUGUAAGCCUUCAGUGAAGCACUGCCCUCUUUCUGAUACUCCUUCCUACUGAUCCUCCUUCCUCUCCCACCACUGAGGCAUCAAAUCCAGCAGUGUCAUUACACCAUGAGCUUGCCAUUAAAGAGCUUACCAAACUC